UGUCAUCUUGAGCUCUGAGCUCCCCAGCACCCACGAUGGCUCUCCCAGGCCGAGCUCGCCCCUGCGCUAUUCCAGAGAAUGAAGAAAUCCCCCGGACAGUUCUUAACAGUGUCCAGGAGGCUAAUGGGAAUGAAGACGAGAGGGCUGUGUCCAAACUGCAGCGCAGGCACAGUGAUGUAAAAGUCUACAAGGAGUUUUGUGAUUUUUAUGCGAAAUUCAACAUGGCCAGUGCCCUGGCCAGUGCCACUUGUGAGCGCUGCAAGGGGGGCUUUGCGCCUGCUGAGAAGAUCGUGAACAGUAAUGGCGAGCUGUACCAUGAGCAGUGUUUCGUGUGUGCGCAGUGCUUCCAGCAGUUCCCAGAAGGACUCUUCUAUGAGUUUGAAGGAAGGAAGUACUGUGAACAUGAUUUCCAGAUGCUUUUUGCUCCUUGCUGCCAUCAGUGUGGUGAGUUCAUCAUUGGCCGAGUUAUCAAAGCCAUGAAUAACAGCUGGCAUCCUGAGUGCUUCCGCUGUGACCUCUGCCAGGAAGUUCUGGCAGACAUUGGAUUUGUGAAGAAUGCUGGCAGACAUCUAUGUCGCCCCUGUCAUAAUCGUGAGAAAGCCAGAGGCCUUGGAAAAUAUAUCUGCCAGAAGUGCCAUGCCAUCAUUGAUGAACAGCCUCUGAUCUUCAAGAAUGACCCUUACCACCCAGACCACUUCAACUGUGCCAACUGCGGAAAAGAGCUGACUGCUGAUGCCCGGGAGCUGAAAGGGGAACUGUACUGCCUACCAUGCCAUGAUAAGAUGGGAGUCCCCAUCUGUGGUGCCUGCCGGCGGCCCAUUGAGGGGCGUGUAGUAAAUGCCAUGGGCAAACAGUGGCACGUGGAGCAUUUUGUUUGUGCCAAGUGUGAAAAACCAUUUCUUGGUCAUCGCCAUUAUGAGAGAAAGGGUCUGGCAUAUUGCGAAACCCACUAUAACCAGCUAUUUGGUGAUGUUUGUUUCCACUGCAACCGUGUAAUAGAAGGCGAUGUGGUCUCCGCCCUUAACAAGGCCUGGUGCGUGAGCUGCUUUGCCUGUUCCACCUGCAACACCAAGUUAACACUCAAGAAUAAAUUUGUGGAGUUUGACAUGAAGCCAGUCUGUAAGAAGUGCUAUGAGAAAUUUCCACUGGAGCUGAAGAAAAGACUUAAGAAACUAGCUGAGACCUUAGGAAGGAAAUAACUUCAUUAUACUUUUUCUUUUCUAUAUAAAGAUGAGAUUGCCAAUGUUACUUGAGUUGAUCCACCCUUAUUUAAAGCUGUAUAUUUCAAAGCUGUUGAGAGUGAAGAAUAGUUUCUUCAUCUCUUCUAUUUCAUUGAAAAAGUAUUUGUGUAAUCAUAUUUAAACCACAGAUGAAAUUAAGAUUUGCCUGUUUACUCAUAUCAGUUUGUUGAUAUUUUGACUAUGUAGCAAAAAAAUCCACAUGGUUAAAUUUUAAAUUUUAAUUAAGGCCCAAAAAAUGAAGUGUAACUUUUCAAAAUGAAAGGAGUCAGCUUUUACCUGACUCAGAUUUUUUUUUAACAAAUGUAAACAUUAUUUUACUUUGUGGUCAAAAUUGCUUCCCACUGCUGUUGGAGUGGAUAUUCAGAAGAAAAAUAACCACCCAAAAAAGCAAAUCUUAGUAUGUUUAUUAGGCUGAUAGCUAUAAAAUGAAUAUACACAUUAUUAAGACAAGAAACAAGUGUAGUCAGAACUACUUGAUUUUAUUAUUUUUUUGGUAAAUGCAAUAAUUAUUAUGCUUUUCUAUUUUGUUUUCUUUGUGAACUCUUCCUUUGUUUGAUUUACUUAAUACAUAGUUGUAGCUAAGCUAAUAUUAUACUUUUAAAUUUUUUCUGGAAAAAAAAAUGACACCAGGUAUCUGAAAAUACAACAUACUUUACCAUAUUGGAAAAACAAAGUGUUUUUUAAUGUGUUACAUCAAUUAUGCUUCUAAGCUUAAUGUCAAAACACAUAUUCUUCAAAUAGGAUAUGAAAUUAAAUUUUAUGUAGCUUGAAAUGUAUCACUUAAAAAAAGUGAAUGUGGGACUGGGGAUGUAGCUCAGUGGGGGUGUAGCUUAUGUAGCCUAACAUUCAUGAGGCCCUGGGUUCCAUCCCCAGCACUGCAAAUAAAGAAGAAAAAAAGAAAAAAGGAUGUGUAUGUAUUGGUCAUAUAUUUCUUUUGUAACCAUGCUAAACCUAUGCUUCAUACAUAAUCAAACUUGCUUUGCCUUAGAAAAACAUACCUCAAUCAGGAAUUCUAGCUAUUUUAUACAAUACCAACUAAAAGUCUAAAAAUAAGUGCAUUGUCUGAGAUGGGUAACGCAAAUUCAUUUAUCACAGCUAUAAUUAAAAAGUUUUUCCCAUCAGUUUUUGGGAAAGCCUAUGGAAAUCAAUUCCUGUCAUCUUAUUAGACAAGAAUGAUGUUUGUGUGUUUCAGGUUUUCCAUUUCAAAUCUCAUAAUCAGUUGGAUUUAUCUACUAUAAAUAGGAGGUAUAUAAUACUCUUAAAUUGUAAGAGGGAUGUUUUAGUAUCAGUUUUAGGUCAAAAUUAGGUGAAUUAUUCUAUUUCAUACAAAAUUUUACCCUGAAAUUUCUGGACCCUUCUCUUUGGAUAAACUUGUUAUGCAAAGCUUUAUGAACAUUUUUAAAAUGUUGCUGCUGCUAUGUAUACUUAAAAGGAAAAUCGCUUAGAUAGACUUCUAGGAAGGUAAUUACUGGUUCUUCAAAAAAUUGCUGACGUAUUGCUUUGCCAUAAAGAAUAUCUCAGGACAUUACCAUUCUGCCAUUAAAAUAUUGUUAUGCACGAAGUUUUAAAAAUUUUGAUCAUGGAUAUUAUAAGAAUAAAUUCUGUCUCUGUUUUCAGAUAAUUUGUAACCAAUUUAUUUUUUAGUGUUCUUUUAGAGUUAAAAGAAUUAUAAAUGAUUCAAAAUAAUCAAUAUAUAGUUGUAAGGUUGUAUGUGCUCAGUAACUUAAAACAAUCUUUGCAUUUGACUAGAAUCAAAAUCCCGUUAGCGUGCCUUUUUCAGCUAAUAAUGACCAGCAAUGAAAACCUUGAAAAUAUUUAUUAAAUAUUAUACUAUGCAUAUAGGCAAAAUAGGACAGUUUGUACUAUAGGGUCUUAAAUAUACCCCUGCAUCAUAAAUAUGGUUCCAAAAAGCAAGCUUUUUUCUUCCUUCCUUCCUCCCUCCCUCCCUUUCGUACUAGGGAUUGAAUCCAGGGCCUUGCACGUGCUAGUCAAGUGCUGUAACACCGAACUACAUUCCCAAUCCUCAUUUAUGUAUACUCUUAAUCACUCUAUAGAUGUGUGUACUGAACUCUGUUGCCUUUGUUUACAUGUCAUACAUAGCUAGGUACCUCCUAUAGCCAAAGGUCCCACUGCUGUCUUUGCUUAUCCUCUCUCUUAAAAUACGAAUUAAUAAUAUUUUCCCAAAGUUCAACUUGUUAGACCUCUAAUACUUUAUGGUAUCUAGAUACAGUGUUUUCUUUCUUGAUAGGGGGUAUCAUUGGAGCCCUUGUGCAUGGGAAAGGAGGAGGAAAUUGAAGUUUUAAGUGAAGUAGAAGACAAACUUGAUCUAGUUCAUAUUUUACAUUGGACUUUCCCUGGCUGCUGAAAAGCUCAGGUCAAUAAGCAUCUCUUCGUUUAAAACAAAAUCCUACAAGGCAAUCUGAAAUAAUUCAUUGCUCUUACUAAGUUUCAAAGUGCUCUUUUUUCUUAACAAGCCUAAUGUAAUAUGAGUAAAAUAUACUUUGGAUAAUGUUCAAAGCCUUAUUAACAUUGUUCCUGAAAUAAGAGGUCAUUUGGCCUCAUCUGUUUGCCAAAAUAACCAUUUCUAAGGUAAGGAAAUUUUGAGAUAGGCUUGUAAGUAUUUCAUUUUAGAUUGUAAGCUCAAUGGCAGGGAACCAUAUCAAUAAUUAUGUUUUUAUAUAGCAAGCAUUGCAGUAUACUCUUGGUGCUUAAUAAAUAUUCAGUUAUUAA